AUGGCCUUCGACCACCCGACUGCACCUUCUUGCUCACCGCCCACCUGGGGACUGAACGUGGCUGAGGAUCACGAAGCCACCGACUGUCGCCCAUCGAUAUGCACACCCAUGGCUGAAGUCAUCCGGGAGAAGCUGCCAGGACAUGACCCAUCGGAUGAUCAAAGCCAUCUACGCCGCAUGUCUUCCAGACAGAGGCGUCACAUGCGCUGGAAGAAUGCAGAGCAAAACGUCAAUUUCAUGUCUAAGUCACAACUCGGCAAGAUCAUGUCCGAGGCAAGUUGGGCUGAGCGCAUGGUGCGGAGCAAGUGUUUCGAAUGGUUCAGUGGCUCUUUGAUUCUGUUCAACUGCAUUUUCAUCGGCUGGCACACGCAAAUGCUCGCCUCGCAUGCCAUCGAGCAGACAAAUCUGAACAUGGAUCCGAUUGUGAAAACCUCUGCAGAAGUGUUGAUCCUGCAGGUUGGCUUCACGAUGUGUUUUCUGGUGGAGCUACUGGUGCGCUGGAAAGCCGAAGGUCUCACCGACUUUUUCAGGUCAUCGGACGUGGUGUGGAAUAUUCUCGACAUCGUAUGCGUCCUGAUUGGUAUAGUGGACGCUUCAGCAGAAAUUGCCAUGCUUGUCAACGGGCUCGAGGAGCAGACCCCUUUGCGGGGCUUCACUGUCAUGAGGGUGCUGAGAGUGGUACGCAUCGUGCGCGUGGUCCGUGUGAUUCGGAUCAUGCGCUUCUUCCGAGAACUCCGCAUGAUGAUAUUCAGCACGGUGAACUCCCUGAAGUCUGUCGUUUGGGUGAUUUUGUUUCUGUUCGGGUUAUUCUACAUGUUUGGCGUGGCUUUCACCUCAGCGGUCGUCAGCUACCUCGACACACUCGAGAUGAGAAAGCAGUCCGAGAGCGCUACAUUGCAGCUGCAUUUCGGCACUCUGGAUGUCUCCAUACUCACCUUGUACAUGGCAAUGUCUGGCGGACAGAAUUGGCACGUGUACUAUGAUUCCUUGGCCACUAUGAAAGGCGGUGAGUUUUGGUGCCUGUUGUACAUCCUGUACAUCACUUUCGCGAUGUUUGCAGUGGUCAACAUCGUCACUGGCGUGUUCGUGGACACAGCUCUCCAGUCGAGCAAGAAUGAUCGAGAAGUGGUUGUGCAGGAGGAGCUCGAGCAAAAGCAUGAUUACCUGCGACAGCUCCAUCAGCUCUUCCAGGCUAUCGAUGAGAACUCCGAGGGUCGCAUCACCCGCGAGGUCUUGCAGCAAGCCUUCAAGCAUGAGACAAUCCUGGCAUUUUUCUCGCACUUGAAGAUCGACGUGCCUGAUGCCACAACUCUGUUCGACCUCCUGGACUUCGACCAGUCCGGCGCUAUCGAUUUGGAGGAGUUUCUUCAUGGUUGCUAUCAGCUCCACGGCGAAGCGACACAUCUGGAAGCCAAGAUGAUGCAAGCAGAAGUAAGGUUCAUGAAGGAAAACUUGGUGAGCCUUGUUGAGGACAUGCGCAAAGUACACGCGCAACUACUGUUUUUAAAGCGCUUGCCGUAG